ACCAUUCCUCAAAAAAAAAAAGGGGACCAAACUCAAACUAGGCUUUUAAAAGGGACGGGCCCAAAGAUGAACACCUCUUAAUUAUAUAAACUGCUGCGAGCCAUGAGCAGAGAGUGACAGAGACAAAAUAAACAACGUGAAUCACGCAGGUCUGACUGUGUAACCCCCGCGUUAGCCUGCUGAGGCUGUUUUCGUUCCCAAAACCAAAAUCUAUCUUUGCUCUCUCUCUCUCUCUCUCUACGUUUUGAAGUUUUCAGAUUCUUGCUCUUUGAUCUUUUCCUAAUUCUUAAAGGAAAAGAAAGCAAAUAACAAAGUUAAAAAAAAAACCCUAAUUUGAUACCAAAAUCAAUUACAUAUUAAUCCCUAUAUAUCGAAAUUCAACAAUUUCCCUCGCUUUCAACGGCCCUACUUCAACCAACCAAUCAAACCAAUAGAUCGAUCUUAAACCCUUCAAUUUAAUCAAAUAAUUUGGGUAUUUUUGGUGUUAAUUUUUUAAUGGAUUCGAGCAGGCGAGCGGUGGAAUCGUACUGGAGAUCGCGGAUGAUCGAUGGGGCAACCUCGGAUGAAGACAAAGUAACGCCCGUUUAUAAGUUAGAAGAGAUCUGUGAGCUCUUGAGAUCGUCGCAUGUUAGUAUUGUUAAAGAGGUCUCCGAGUUUAUCUUGAAACGACUCGAUCACAAAAGCCCUAUCGUUAAACAAAAGGCUUUGAGGCUGAUAAAAUAUGCCGUGGGAAAGUCUGGUGUGGAGUUUAGAAGAGAGAUGCAGAGGAACUCAGUGGCUGUGCGUCAGUUAUUUCAUUUCAAAGGGCAGCCGGAUCCCUUGAAGGGGGAUUCACUUAAUAAGGCUGUGCGGGACACAGCACAUGAAGCUGUUUCAGCUAUAUUUGCAGAGGACAACAAUACUAGUAAGCUUUCUCCUUCAGAUGACCUUAACAAACGAAUACAAGGAUUUGGGAACACAAACUUCGAAAUGCCAUCGGAUGAUAAGAAAUCAUUUCUAAGUGAGAUUGUUGGUAUUGGAAGUGCUUCUAUCAAGCAGGGAAUUAGUAGUUUCGCUCAGGGUCAUUCACUUAGAAAGAAUGAUAAUGGAAGCUACAAAAGUCCUACUCUUCGAAGGUCGUUGACUACAGAAAUUGACCGUUCUGAUAGGUUUGAACCAGUCGAAUUGCCCAAUGACACUCAUGGGGUUCCCAGGAGUACUGCUACUGGACCUUGGGGCCAGGAUUCAAGAGUAUUAAAGACAGAAACAACAAAUGGGGAAUCCAGCUCAAAUUAUUCAGAGACUAAAACUCGUGAAGAGAGAUUGUUGGAAACCAUAGUGACAUCUGGUGGUGUUCGUCUACAACCUACUCGAGAUGCCAUUCAGGCUUUCCUAGUUGAGGCUGCAAAGCUCGAUGCUUUGGCUUUAAGUCAUGCCCUUGAAUCUAAGCUUCUAUCUCCAAUGUGGCAGGUUUGCAUGAAAGCUCUGUGUGUGCUUGAGUCCGUUUUGAGGAAAAAGGAAGAUGCACAUUUCUUAAUCGUGGCUUCUUAUUUUACCGAGAACAAAGAUGUUGUUUUGAAAUGUUCCGAGUCUCCCCAAACUUCCAUCAGAGAAAAGGCUAACAAGGUGUUAAUCCUUUUGAAUGGAGAACUGCCAGGUGGUUUGGCAAGUAAUUCAGAAAAGUAUUUGAAGGCUGAGACCACACCUGUUCAAAUGCCUGACCUGAUCGAUACUGGUGAUCCAGAUGAUUACAAUGGACUAGAUAAUUCCACAAAAAACCAACAUGAUCAAAACACUGCAAAUCUGACUGCAACCUCGCUUAUUGAUGACUUAUUUGGAGAUAGUAUAGAUGCUGGUCUCAGCACGAGGGAACAGAAAAAUGAUGUUGAUCCAUUUGCAGACGUCUCAUUUCACACUGGUGAGGGUAGAGAAAAUGUGGAUGAUCUCUUCUCUGGGAUGACGUUAGAUGACAAGUCAGUUGUCAAUGGUAAUUACAUGGCCACAAAUAAUAAAUCUGAACUAAAUUAUUUCUUUGGAACCAAUUUUGAAACUCCUUUUGAGCCAGCGAAUCAAAAAAAUGCUGUUAAUGAUUUAAUAGCUGGCUUGUCUAUGAAUGAGAACCCAUCUAAUUUGAAGCAGAAAGGAGUCUCUUCUGAGGCACAUCCUGAAAAUAUAUUUACUGAUUUCAACACUCACUCUAGCUAUCAAGCUUCUAAUGAUGUUUUGAGUGGUAUCCUUGGUUCUCAAGCCGCUGGGAUGAAUGCAAAUCCAAUGUUUCCUUUAGGGACCAUGCCCUAUGCCAUUCCUCCUGGAAUAAUGUUGAACCCAACCUUUUCUUCUCAGCCUAUGAAUUAUGGUGCUAUGGGGAGUUUCUUUACACAACAGCAAUUGCUUGCAACGAUGUCUAACUUACAACACUUUGGUGAUCUUAAUGCUCGAAAUGCUGGCAUCAAUCAUGUUUCCAGUGGAUCUAAUGGAGGGUCACCUCUGCCUGAUAUAUUCCAGUCAAAUUUUCCAACUCAAACACCUAAUUCAAUGAUGAACGGUUCAAAGAAAGAAGAUACCAGAGCAUUUGAUUUUAUUUCGGAGCAUCUUGCAGCCUCUCGCGAUCCAAAGAGGAUAGUGUAAGGUAUUGUGCUUGCACGGACCCAAUGUCUUAGAAUCCCCCAGCACUUAUACGAUGGUAAUGUUCUUUUGAAAUAAUGGAGCAGUGAUAUUACAUCUGUCGUUGACCAUUGAAUUGCAUGUAAUAGAAGUGGGGUACAUCUUUAAAUAAAGAAAGAAUAGAUCACAAUCUUUUAAGCUUUGUUUGCACUUGAGAUGAAAGAAAAUUGGGUAAAUGUUGUGCAGUUAGCUGUUUUAGUAUUCUAAGUACUUUUUCUUUUCUUCAAUUUCUUUCUUCCUCUUGUAAUGGAUUUGUAGAGUUUUGUACCUCCAGUUUUUGGCACCUUCUCCACGAGAAAUGCUUGUGUUAAAUGCAAAAGGAUAGCAAAAUGAAUAAAUGUUAGUUCUAG